GAAGCGACAGUGAAAUUAUAUCGGCUACGGCUAUCGCUUGAAGCUUGAUUCGCUUGUGUCGAAUCAGUCAAACUGUCUCUCUAGUCUGGCGUCUGGCAGCUCUGGCGGCAAUAAAUUUUUACCUUGAGAGCAAAAAUGCAAGCAACAGCGAUUCCGAGCCACGUCCGAGGUUGCCGGUUUGAGGCAUGAUUGAUGACACCCAUCACAUAAAUUAAGGGGAUGAUGGAGAAUGCGGGCAACAAAUUUGCAACAUAGGAAGGAUAGAACAGAAUUCUGCCUCUGCACUUAUGCACAAUUCUGUUUUAACUUGUUCUUUCUAAGAAUCCGUUCGUCACGCAGGGUAUGAAAUCUUAAAUCUUUCUCCCGCGGGACCCGCCGCUCUCUUCGCUUUUUCUUUUUUGCCUCUUUGGACUUUGGACAUAGACUGGAUUUUUCCGAUACAAGAAAAUAAACUGUAUUUUUCAGCUUUCUCGCGGAAAAAGGUAUUACAUAUUUACGAAUAAUUAAAAUGAAUAAUUAAAUAAAUUUCUCCCAGAUUAAAAAAAACACACUAAAGAAUAAAAACUGAAUAAGUAAGGUGCCCCUGCUGUUUAUGGUUAUUUUAAAUCUUUUUCCAAUAAAUUUAAUUACUUAAUAUAUAAUAUUGUCAUACAUAUUCGUUUGUCUGGCGUUGUACAAAUUAUGCACUAUUGUAUUUUUAUAUUAAAAAAAUAUAUAACAUUUUAUUCCAUGUAUAUGUAUUUUAAAAUAAUAUUUCUUUCCGCCUCUCACUGCUCUUUCCAUAGAAUUCGAUAAAAAAAUUCAAGCACUGGUCAGAACGCAAAAAAUUUAGCUUGAGAAUUCAUAAUUAUUUGGACCUGAAUUUUCUUGCGAAUUCUUGUUCACCUAACACACGCAUUGCUAUUUUUGUGAUGGAGACCUGUGAAGGGGAGAAGAAUGCAGGCAGCCGCCGCCAACCAAAAUCCAGAAACCAAAGAGACUUUCUUUUUUUCUUGUUCUUUCCAAAUCCACGAGUGCGCGGUGAGCGCUCAACAAAAUAUCAGUGCUUGCCGUGUCUUGUCGUCUUGAGCGGCGGCCACAUCACUCGCUCUCCGAGCAACCCCUGAUCUUCUGCCCAGGAAUCCGUAUCUUUUUCAUUUCAUUUUGUUAGUGAAUUCUUAUGCAUUAUUUGCCUUAGUCGCCUUUCUUUCUCUGCAAGAUCAGACGCCUGACGCCUCAGAGUCCUCGUCCUCAGACGGACCGACGACCGUUGGAGUAAGACAAGAUUUUAGAGAAGAGCUACCGCCGAAGACACUGCAGCAGAGCCGUUUUAUUUUCUCUUCAUUUUUCGUGCCGUCAUUUAUGGUCUGAAGUGCGAUUUUCAUGUCCUCCUACAAUCGUCAUCAACGAAACGCGCUAAAUAAUUAUCCAUCUUAUUUAUCGUCUCACAACCGUCACAGCCAAACUAGCGGAGGAAUGGCAGUAGCUGCUGAUGGAGACCGAAACAGAGGCUGGGUCGAGGGCUUUGUAAAGGAACAACUUCCCCCGAAUCACAAUGAUUAUAAUUGGAUUGCCAGUAAGAUGCACAACUCCAUUGCCGUGCACAACGGAACCAAAAUUUCAAAGUACAACAUUGUGCAGGUGUACAAGGUGAAAAACUCCAAGCUGUGGAACAAAUAUACUGAGAGGAGAUACGAGAUGGCCCGAGACUAUCCGAGGGGCAAGUUAGUUCCUGAGAUAAGGUUGUUCCAUGGCACUAACCACGCAGACAAGAUUGUCAGAGACGGCUUCAACGUUGACUGCUCCAACCCCAACGGCAUGUUCGGCAAAGGAAUCUAUUUUGCUGACUUGUCUUCGAAGAGCAGCCAGUACACGUUUGAGGGGUGCAACACUGCAUGCAAGUCCCACAAUAUCGUCUACUGCACCUCUUGCAUCAGGAAGAUGCUGGUCUGCAAAGUGGCCCUGGGCAAGUCUUAUGAAGCCACCGCGCCCAUGAAUGGGAUCCUGCAAGCUCCGCAAGGCUACCACAGCGUCAUUGCCAAGCCCAGGUCAGGAUUCCUCAACUACUCUGAGUACAUUGUGUACAACAACUAUCAGGCAUACCCAGGAUACUUGAUUGAGUACAAGGUCUCCAUGUAAAUGAGAAAAAUAAUGUCUAAACCUCAAUAGGUCCAUUUGGUCCAUUCAAGAUCAUGCUAUUAUUUUCAAAGUUUAAAAUCCAAUGAACUGUUAUUUUACCGUGAAAUGCUGUUGAACGGCAAUAAUUAAUCCCAUGUAUGAAUAGUUUAUAAAUGGACAGAAUCAAUUUCUAAUUUAAAAAUGAAACUUCAAUAUCAAUAUUAAAAGCGAUUGAAAGAAUUAUUUUGUAACCAAAUAAGUGCUAUGAUUAUUAUCCAUUUUUUUUAAGGAAUUACAAUUACUAAACAAAAAUAAACCAAAGUAACCCCAGAGCUGAUAAGGAAAAAAUGUAAAACUUAUUUAUAUAGUAGUGAUUGUGAAUCAACUAAACAAAUUAUACUGCAUUCAUCUUCAAGUAUAUCUAAAAUUUGAAUUU